UUCAGUGCGAACUCGACCGGUUGUUGAUCUUUGAAAGUAAAUUAUAUUAUUUAAUCUGAGACUAAUAGCAUAAAAUUCUGACAUAAAAAAUGUAAAAAUUGCGAAUAUAUUGUUGCAAAUGAUCAGAUAACGUUCUUCAUUAUUUUUUUUGCUUUAACUUUUUGAAAAAUGUUUAUAACUGAUAGGUUACAGUGAUAAAGAUAAGCAAUCUAGCAUCAAGAAAUAAGUUACAAUCGUGUGAAUGCAUGCAAUCAAUUUUGAGUUUUAAUAUUUAAAAAUCGAUAAUACAUUUUCAAUAUCUAUCAUCGAUGAUUUAAGUGAUAUUGUGUAAGUUUGAUGGUUGUGUAGUUUCGGUGAUCUCGCGAUCUAACUGACAAAAUAUUGAUAAUUAUGUAUUGGAAAAGCUUGCUAUUUAUUCAUGUACUGUUAAUAUUGAGUGCUGGAUACAUUUAUUUCGAUAUGACGUGCAACUCUUCCGUCUUUCAGCCACCUAACAUUAUCGUUAUCAUCGCUGAUGACCUUGGAUGGAAUGAUGUUAGUUUUCAUGGUUCCGAUGAAAUUCGUACACCGAAUAUAGAUGCUCUCGCGUAUAAUGGUGUGAUAUUGAAUCGACAUUACGUAUUGCCAAUAUGCACACCGUCGAGAACAGCUUUCCUCACCGGGCGAUAUCCUAUAAGAUCAGGUAUGCAAGGCUUUCCUUUGCGAGGAGCUGAACCACGCGGUAUACCUUUAAACACUACCCUCCUACCAGAAUAUCUUCGAAGACUUGGAUAUGCCACUUAUCUUGUAGGAAAAUGGCAUGUCGGUUAUCAUACGAGAAAUUAUGGACCUACUCGUCGCGGUUUUGAUUCUUUUUUUGGAUAUUUUAGCGGACUUAUCCAAUAUUUUAACCAUACACUUUACGAAAGUAAACAAUUCGGAUAUGAUUUGCAUCGCAUCGUGGAUGACAAUCACACAAUUGAAUACAGAUAUGAAUAUAUGACCGAUAUUAUAACCAAUGAAGCCAAAGAUAUUAUUUUGUCGCAUAAUUCUAAGAAGCCUUUAUAUCUGCAACUGGCACAUCUUGCACCUCAUUCUACCGAUGCUAAAGAUAUUGUGGAAGUACGCAAUUGGGAGGAAACAAAUGGCACUUUUGGUUACAUUAAAGAUAUAAACAGAAGAAAGUUUGCAAGUGCUGUCGCCACGUUGGAUGAAUCGAUUGGUCAAGUGAUGGAUGCUCUGAAAAGAGCAGAUAUGUUGAAAAACUCGAUCAUCCUUUUUAUAGCCGACAACGGGGCACAGACUGAAGGACUCUGGCAAAAUUAUGGAUCCAAUUAUCCAUUACGUGGGUUAAAAUUCAGUCUUUUUGAAGGCGCUGUAAGAGGUGUGGCAUGUGUCUAUUCACCUUUGAUCGAUUAUCCAUCGAGAAUUUCAAUGCAAUUAAUGCACAUUACUGAUUGGCUACCGACAUUAUACUCCGCAGCUGGUGGUAAUACAAAUGAUUUGCCACAGCUCGACGGCGUUAAUCAAUGGUCUAUGAUCAAGAGAAAGAAAGAUGGCAAGCGGAAGUCGGUUCUUAUAAAUAUUGAUGAGCACAAAAAUAGCGAGGCAGCGUUAAUAAAAUAUUAUAAGCUGGUUAGAGAUAAAUCCGAAUAUCAAAAAUUUUACGGUAAUAGUGGUAAUAACGCGUCGUAUCUUGAGUACAAUGUGACAAAUGUAUUAGUAUCGCAAGCAGCAUCAGUCAUUGCGAAUAUUUCAACCAUCUCAUUAAAGGCAAAUAAAAUAAUAAAACUUCGGAAUGAGGCGACGGUAAUUUGCAAGAAUUUUGCCAAUUUCUCCAAUUGUACAAAUCGCACUUGUUUGUUCAAUGUCUACAAAGAUCCUUGUGAAAUUACGGAUCUGUCUUUCAAAUAUCCUGAGGUUGUGGAAAGAUUAAGCGGGUUUAUCAACGCUUAUAAAUCGGUCCUCAUGAAGCAGACGAACGUACCCGUCGAUCCGGCUGGCUUUCCACGCAACUUUAACGACACUUGGAUGCCCUGGUUGUCGGACGAUCAGACGAUCAGAUCAGAUGAGAUGCAUUUUGUGACAAACGAAAUUUCACAGUAACGACGCUUCGCUUCGUCUUGAAUGACCAAGUGGUAAAAUUUUGAUUGUCUUGAAAAUGUAGCAAGUCAAAAAGAGAACAUAUAUAACAGAAAUAUAUUCAUGUUGUAUAAGUGGAAUAAUUCCUGUAUAAUUGUAUCUUAUGCGUACUUAUAGUAUAUAUAAUUUACCUGUUUACCUUUGUUAUAAUACUUACAAAGAUUAAAAUAAAGAAAA